AUAUCCGAUGACUGUCAUGUUUCCGGCCAAAUCGUUCAGCAAGAUCAAGAUUUCAUGCGACAUAAGGGAAGAAAAGGGCACUGGCAGUCUGGUCGGUUCUAUGCCAGGGAAGGAAGAUGGGUUGGAAUAGUCCAGACCCGGGCCAGGAGAGCAAAUAUCUUAGUGGGCUAAUUGGAUUACUUUAAUAUUGGCAGCAGCCCAUUAUAUAAUUUACAUAUAAUAAUCUGUGUGUAAUGGAUAAGGACUUUAUCUUUUCAAACAUAUAAAUAUGUAUGGAACGUAACUUUGCAGACAGGAAAAAGUAUGAUCUAAAUCUCUUUCUCUCAAAUUCUCUCUCCCUCUCUCUAUUUUUCCUGCAAAAAGUUCUUAUUUUUCUGUAUUGAUAUUGCGAUCAUCACAUCUGGUAUCAGAGCCCUUCUGAUCCAGGAAGAUGGCAGAAGGAACCAGACUAAAAGAGUGCUUGGAAGGGCAAAAACGAAUAGAGCAGUCCUUGCUGGCGGAGAUCCUCAAACGGGAAGCUGCAGAAAUAAGGCAGGGGGAGCUUCAAGAAAAAAAUCAGGAGGUUCAAGCUGAAAUCCUCAAACAGUUGGAGAAUAUACAAAGGAGGAUGGAGACAAUGGAAAUGAAGACAGAUCCCCAUAUUUCUUCAAGCUCAUCUCAGGGGAAGUACAGAUCUGGGGAGGAUGAUCAAAACAGAAACCCUUUCGCAGAAGGAGCAUCUAUUCUGGGGGAGCCGCCAUACGCCUUGGGCCUGCAUAACCUGUACACAGAGAGAUCUAAUCAGAAGCUUAAAAAUCAUGAACAUACUGGUAAUUACCACUCACAACUUCCUUUCCCAAAACUUGACUUCCCUAAAUUUGAUGGAUCCAAUGCACGUUCCUGGAUUAUCAAAUGUCAAGGCUACUUUAAGCUAAUGCCCCACAUUCAUUCCGAUCAAAGGGUCACAUUAGCCACUAUGCAUUUUGAGGGCAAGGCUUUGUCAUGGUAUCAACACCUGGACAAAGACAUUACAGUGUUAUCAUGGGAUCAAUUUCUAGGGGUAAUAUCAUCUCGAUUUGAAGGCUUAAAGGCAUCUACUGUCAUUGAAGAUUUUAAUAAACUCAAAAUGGGAAAUGAUUAUGAAAAUUAUGUGGAGAAGUUUGAAGAACUAAAAUCAUGUAUGAUAUUACUGCACAAGGAAACCUUUCCAGAACCGUAUUUCAUAUCUAGUUUUAUCAGCGGGCUUACCGAAGAGCUAAAGGCUUUUGUUAAACUGUUCAAACCUAGCACUUUGGAUGGUACCAUUGAUUUGGUAAGAAAUCAGCUGAUGACCUUGGAAACCAUCACUAAGAGGCUUAGGGUGGGUGGAAAAUCAGUUUAUGGGACUCCUAUACCUGCUAAAAGGAUGGAUGCUACUCUGAAUUUCCAGAAGAUGACAAGAGAUGGACCAAGCAAUACUGCACCACCUUUUAGAUUGCUUUCACCUGCUGAAAUGGCAGUCAAAAGAGAGAAGGGGUUAUGUUUUAACUGUGAUGAAAAGUUUGCCCCAGGUCAUAGAUGUAAGCAUAGACAUGUUUAUGUUUUAUUAGCAGGGGAUGCACCAGAGUAUGCCGAUACAGAAGAACAGCCAGAAGAAAAUGAGGGUGGAAACAUAGAAGAGGUACUUUUAACACUCGAUACUAACAACCAUAAAAAGAGAUCGACUACCAUGACACUGUGGGGGAAAUUGGGAAAGCAUAAAGUACAUAUACUGCUUGAUUCAGGGGCUUCCUUAAGCUUUAUCAGUCAGGAGGCAGUUCAGAAAUUUGGCUGCAAGGAGGAAGGGACAACUCCUUUGAAAGUUACCACUGCAGGGGGAAAUCAGUUGUGCAGUAGCACCAAAGUGGCCAACCUGGUUUGGGAAAUGCAACAUCACACCUUCAACUAUACCCUUAGAGUUCUGGACAUAAAAGAAUUUGAUUUAAUAUUAGGGGGGGAUUGGCUUAGAGACCUUACACCUGUGCAAUUUGAUUAUAAGAAAAUGAGUGUCACAGUUACCUCGGGUGAUGUUCAGAUUGAGUUGUUGUGCGAGGACAAGUGCCCUUUAAUCACUUGUCACACACUAUAUAAGUUGUUACAUGAGGAAACUCCAAGCCCUAUUGAAGAAGUGUACUGGAUCAAGGUGAAAGAACCUGGAAGAGAUCCUUCUCACGAAUUGGGGGAAAUUUUGGAAGGGUUUACAGAUGUUUUUGAAAAACCAGAUUCCCUUCCCCCACCCCGGGGUAUUGAACAUCAGAUAGUGCUCAAGCCUGGAAGCAUUCCCAAACAACAGUACCCUUAUAGGGUCUCACACAGUCAAAAAGAUGAAAUAGAGAAAAUUGUGGCUGAAUUACUAGAGUCAGGGGAAAUACAACCCAGCAAGAGCCCUUUUUCCUCACCUGUCCUACUAGUGAAGAAAAAAGAUGGCAGCUGGAGAAUGUGUGUGGAUUACCGAUACCUUAACAGCCUUACCAUUAAGCAUGAUUUUCCUAUUCCUAUUAUUGAUGAGCUACUAGAUGAGCUAAAGGGAGCCAAGUAUUUCUCAAAGAUAGACCUCAGAUCUGGGUAUUUCCAAAUCCUAAUGUCCCCGGAGCACCGGUACCUCACAGCAUUCAGAACCCAUCACGGGCACUAUGAAUUCCUAGUCAUGCCCUUUGGGUUGUGCAAUGCCCCAGCCACGUUUCAAUCCUUGAUGAACCAGGUUUUUAAGGGACUGUUGAGGAAAUCAGUGCUAGUAUUCUUUGACGAUAUACUAAUCUACAGCCCUAACUGGAAACAGCACAUUCAGGACCUUAAGAGUGUUUUGGAAAUAUUAAGGAGUCACAAGUUAUAUGCAAAAAAGAGUAAAUGUACUUUUGGGCAGGAGUCGGUUUCUUACUUGGGACACAUAAUUAAACAGGAUGGAGUAACUACCGACCCAGAAAAGAUUGAAGGAAUGGUUAACUGGCCUACACCGACUUCCUUAAAGGAAUUGAGGGGGUUCCUAGGACUGACAGGGUACUAUAGAAAAUUCGUAAAAGGGUAUGGGAUCAUUAGUAGGCCCUUAACAUCAUUACUGAAGAAAGGGGCUUUUCAAUGGAAUCCUGAAGCAGAUCAGGCUUUCAAGGAACUGAAGAUUGCCAUGACUACUACGCCAGUUCUAGCACUUCCAGAUUUUACUAAACCAUUCAUUAUUGAAACAGAUGCUAGUGGAAGUGGAAUCGGGGCAGUACUAAUGCAGGAAGGGAGACCCUUGGCUUUUCUAAGCAAGAAGUUGGGAGUGAGACACAUGGGCCUUUCUAUCUAUGAAAAAGAAUUUUUGGCUGUGCUCAUGGCUAUUCAAAGAUGGAGACACUAUCUGCAAGGCCACAAAUUUAUCAUCAAGACAGAUCAGCAAGCCCUGAAAUACCUACUUGACCAGAGGAUCACUACACCCUUACAACAAAAAUGGAUAACUAAGCUUUUAGGAUUGAACUAUGACAUACAAUACAAAAAGGGGGUCGAGAAUAAGGUGGCAGAUGCCCUAUCAAGAAAGGAACUGGACAAGGAAGGAUGUUACUCCCUUUCUACAGUUAAACCGGUCUGGGUACAGCAGGUCCUGGAAAGUUAUGACAAGGAUCCUUUUUUCUCUCAAAUAAUUAAGGAAAAACUAGAAGAUCCUGUUUCACAUCCAGAUUUUGAGAUUUUUGAUGGCAUUUUGAGAUAUCAGGGAAGGCUGGUCAUUGGUAGUAAUACUGAGCUCAGGCAUACUAUCUACAAAGAACUGCAUGCAUCCGCAGUAGGUGGACAUUCGGGCAUACAAGGAACCUAUAUGAGGAUUAAGAGGGUAUUCUACUGGCCAAGAAUGAAGAACAAUAUUAUCCUCUGGAUAAAAGAAUGUGAGGUGUGUGCCAAGACUAAACCUGACGGGGUACCUUACCCCGGGCUGUUACAACCUCUGCCCAUUCCCGACCAAGCUUGGAGCCACAUAAGCAUGGACUUCAUUGAAGGACUCCCUAAAUCUCAGGGCAAAGAUGUUAUCCUAGUGGUUGUUGAUAGGCUCACUAAAUAUGGACACUUCUUGCCCUUGUCUCAUCCCUAUACAGCCCACACAGUAGCAAAGAUGUUCCUUGACAAUGUGUACAAGCUACAUGGCCAACCUAUAGAUAUACUAUCUGACAGAGAUGCAGUAUUUUUAAGUGGCUUCUGGAAGGAAUUAUUCAAGCUCAUGGGAACUCAUUUAAGCUAUACUUCAGCUUAUCACCCCCAAACAGACGGACAAACAGAGAGAUUAAACCAGUGUUUGGAGGCUUACCUUAGGGCUAUGACCCACCAAAAUCCCAGGCAGUGGGUACAGUGGCUAUCCCUAGCUGAGUACUGGUAUAACACCAAUUACCACUCCAGUACUAAAACUACCCCAUUUGAGGCCUUAUAUGGACACACACCCCCGACCUUAUCCAUACCCACACCUUCUGCCCUAACUAAUAUAGAGGUGAGGGAGCUUAUAAACCACAGACAAAGGCUGAAACAGGAGCUGAAAGAAAAUCUCAAAUUAGCUCAAGAGAGGAUGAAAUAUUUUGCAGACAACAGACGGGUUGACCGUGAGUUUGAGGUGGGGGACCGAGUUUACCUGAAAUUGCAACCAUACAGACAACAUUCAGUAUUCCUGAGGAGAAACCAGAAAUUAGCAGCACGUUACUACGGACCUUAUACCAUACUUGAAAGAAUUGGGAGAGUUGCUUACAGGCUAGACUUACCUGAAGAUACCAAAAUACACCCUGUUUUCCACGUUUCCCUUUUGAAGCGUUGUAUCAGUCCGAGAGCAGAGGUGUCGACUACCAUACCUCCGGUUGAUAAAGAUGGGUGCUUUAUCAUUACUCCAGCCUCUGUGAAGGGAAUUUGCAGGGAUCCCACUGGAACUGCUAGGGUAACUUUACUCCUAGCCCUAAAAGCAGAUGGAGGAAUUAUGGAAGGUUGGGUAUCUAAGGCUAAUUUCAGGAAAAUGUUUCCAAAGAUUGAUCCUUGGGGUCAAGGAUCGCUGAAAGGAGGGGGUAUUGUCAUGUUUCCGGCCAAAUCGUUCAGCAAGAUCAAGAUUUCAUGCGACAUAAGGGAAGAAAAGGGCACUGGCAGUCUGGUCGGUUCUAUGCCAGGGAAGGAAGAUGGGUUGGAAUAGUCCAGACCCGGGCCAGGAGAGCAAAUAUCUUAGUGGGCUAAUUGGAUUACUUUAAUAUUGGCAGCAGCCCAUUAUAUAAUUUACAUAUAAUAAUCUGUGUGUAAUGGAUAAGGACUUUAUCUUUUCAAACAUAUAAAUAUGUAUGGAACGUAACUUUGCAGACAGGAAAAAGUAUGAUCUAAAUCUCUUUCUCUCAAAUUCUCUCUCCCUCUCUCUAUUUUUCCUGCAAAAAGUUCUUAUUUUUCUGUAUUGAUAUUGCGAUC